CACAAGUCGUAGGAAUUUUCUCGUGUUGCUUUUACCUUCCGGAAUAAAAUUUCAACAUGGCAAUUCCCGUAAAACCCCAAUGACGCAUCCAAACGAAAGUCGCUAGUUGUCUUAGGUCAAGAUGUUGAUUUUGGUAAUUGUAUCAGUGAAAGUAAAACAAAAUAUAACUAAAUCAAGCGAGAAAAACCCAACAGGAGGCCGUAUAUAAAUUGAUAACGAGUACUUCGAGGUUAGUAUCGGUGUUUACACACUUUCACUCACACUUUCUUGGUGUCGGUCAUUCGAGAUGCAUUGCCUUCUACAAUUUUGUUUACUCGCAGUUAUCUUCACGUGUGUGAAGCUGGAGACGACCCGGAUUUCGGAUGCUGCUAUUGAAUCCACUCUCAACGACAGGAGGUAUCUUUUGAGGCAGUUGAAAUGUGCCACAGGUGAAGCACCUUGUGAUCCCGUAGGACGCCGUUUGAAAAGUUUGGCUCCGUUGGUCUUGAGAGGAUCUUGUCCGCAAUGCACUCCACAGGAAAUGAAACAAAUUCAAAAAGUUCUAGCCUUUGUUCAAAAAAAUUAUCCCAAAGAAUGGAACAAACUCCUUCAUCAAUACGCCGGUUGAAGGCUACGGGUGUGGGUAGAAUAACGAUGUAAAUAAUUUGCAUCUCAUUAUUUAUUGUAAUAGAUGCAAUUUUUCAAUGUUUAUUAACAAAAUGUACGUUAUUAGAAAUGACAUAUUGUUUGAAGAAACAAGUAGUCUAGUCUAGGCCAAUUGCCUCACCUAUUCCGUUUUUGUUAUUAAAAUUAUAGCUUUAAUUUACAAUAAAUAAAAAAAUCACUUGUGAA